UGCGCUUCCAACUGGAUGGUCCCAGGGGCCCAGGACACUGUCCUCUUAUUGCCCCCUCGCCCAGAAGAGAGAGCUCUGCGCUCAUCGGCUGCUUCAAACUGCGGCGCGCUUCUGCGGACGCGUUUCCCCGCUGCGCGCCUUUGCGCCUUGUUGCCCCUCCCUCCGUACGGCUCUGUCUUAACUUAUCCAGAUAGCACAAAGUCCAUGGGAACCUUAGUCCAAGGUGGAGCUCUGUGGACAGAGGCAAUGACUUCUAAGUACCUCUUUCUGAGUCUGGCCAUCUUCUCUUCACUUAUCCAAGUUGUGAUAGAAGCCAGCUCUUGGUGGUCUCUGGGUAUGAACCACAUGAACCCCAUGAACCCCGUUCAGAUGCCGGAGGUGUACAUCAUUGGAGCCCAGCCCCUUUGCAGCCAACUGGCCGGGCUCUCCCAAGGACAAAAGAAACUCUGCCACUUGUACCAGGACCACAUGCAGUACAUCGGAGAGGGCGCCAAGACGGGGAUCAAGGAGUGCCAGUAUCAGUUCCGCCACAGAAGAUGGAAUUGUAGCACUGUGGAUAACAACUCUGUUUUUGGCAGAGUCAUGCAGAUAGGCAGCCGGGAGACAGCCUUCACGUACGCAGUCAGUGCUGCCGGUGUGGUCAAUGCCAUGAGCCGGGCCUGCCGGGAGGGGGAGCUCUCUUCCUGUGGCUGCAGCCGGGCUGCCAGGCCGAAAGAUUUACCUCGGGACUGGCUGUGGGGUGGCUGUGGGGACAACAUUGACUAUGGCUACCGCUUUGCCAAAGAGUUUGUGGAUGCCCGCGAGCGAGAGAGGAUCUACCAGAGAGGAACUUACGAAAGCGCCAGGAUCUUGAUGAACCUGCAUAACAACGAAGCGGGGAGGAGAACGGUGUACAGCUUGGCGGACGUGGCCUGCAAGUGUCACGGGGUGUCUGGAUCGUGCAGCUUGAAGACCUGCUGGCUGCAGCUGGCCGACUUCCGCAAGGUUGGCGACGCCUUGAAGGAGAAAUACGACAGCGCGGCAGCCAUGAAGCUCAACCUCCGGGGCAAGCUGGUGCAAGUGAACAGCCGCUUUAAUGCGCCCACCAUCCACGACCUGGUGUACAUAGACCCCAGCCCCGAUUACUGUGUGCGCAACGAGAGCACCGGCUCCUUGGGCACCCAGGGGCGCCUCUGCAACAAGACUUCGGAAGGCAUGGACGGCUGCGAACUCAUGUGCUGCGGCCGGGGCUACGACCAGUUCAAGACGGUGCAGACGGAGCGCUGCCACUGCAAGUUCCACUGGUGCUGCUACGUGAAAUGCAAGAAGUGCACAGAGAUUGUGGACCAGUUUGUCUGCAAAUAGAUGGGGACGGGUGGGAAGAGCUUUUUUCCGGUCUACCAGCAGAGGGCAGUAGGGAGGGGGGAGGUUGCCCCAAUAAGGUCUCCACUCUUAUUUAUAGAGUCCAGCGGGUGCUUUCCUUGUUUAUAGAUUUUUUUAAAAAAAUCUUUUUCAGCAAGAAGCGAUGGGAAAGCAUGCUGCAUCCAGCUCAGACUGUGCAUAGUUUUUAAAAUAUUUUUUUUGUUUUUGUUUUGCAAUAACGGGUGGGAGAACCUGAGAGAAUAUUUAUUUUACAGGAUUUGGAAUUAAGAAAAGAAAAGAUAGAGUAGUUCAAAGGGAAAUCCAACCCAUCCCCAUAUAGCCUUGUGGGACAUAGUACAAGUGCAGUAGAUGAGGUAUCUGUGUUACAUGCUUUGGAUCAGAGCAUGACCCGUAACGGCUUGGUGACAUACACAUCUGGGCAAGCUUUUUCCUCUGAGCUUUAGCAACCUGAAAGAAAUGAGACAGUCAGAUACAACGUUGAUCCGUACAUCUAUAACCUGUAGCGUGAGCUCUCCUCAACGUGGCAACUUGAAGGUGUGGAUGGAAGUAGAAUUUCCCAGAAGCCACAGUUGUGCUGCCAGGUGACAUCUAAAGGCCCAUUGGCGUGACAUGGCAUUCCCCCAUUUAGGCUUGGGAAUUCUGUGCAAAUGCAUUGUGGGGAAUGACGCUAACCAGCAGUAGCCAGUGGGGUGGGGUGUGGCCUCCCAACACUAGUAUUGCUCAAGUUUGCCUGCACGGCACUGGAGUAGGGUGGUAGUGAGUUCAAAGCUGUAGCAACCCAUGUUGGGAGCGUGGCUCUGUAGCUCUGCCUACCUGCAGCAGCCAUGAUGGAUGCCAGUUUUAGGGCAGGUGAACGUUGCAGUUCUCUCGUCAGCACCGUUCCCACAAUGUACCGUCUCACGGGUCUCCAUUAGAAGGAAGAGGUAUUCUGAAUGGGUAAAGGAAAAAAACAACCAACCAACCGAUUCCUUUAGACAGCUAGCAAACCAGGAGGAAUAAUAUCUGACUUUGACUGCACAGCGCAGAUCAAAGCAGAAUUUGGAACAUUGCCACGUCAAGUAAAACAUGCCUAUCUCACAUUAUGCACAUUUAGAAAAGCCUUUCUGCCUUACUUUAUAAGAAUAUUGAAGAGCUAUCUGGGAUUUCCUAAGCAGUGUGUGUGCCGGUUUGACUGUGCUGAAACUGCAGCUGCAUUUUGUGUGCAGUCUGCAAAGUCCUUAAAAACAAAAAUAAUAAAUUCAAAACUAAUUCUUUCUUUUUCAAGUGUUGUGCGUAGUCAGUUCCCUUUUUUAAAAAAUCAGUUGACUGAUAGCAUUGCGGAAUUUGGGGAAAUGCUGAGUUGAUGAUACAACUGCGUGGUACUUCUUUUACUAAAGUGCUGUUACAAUUCAAAGUGCCGUGUGGCAGCAACGCCUUCGCAAUCAUCCUGUGUCUUUUUCAUUUUAAUGCACAAUGCUUUAGAAAUAUAUUGCAGCUAUGCACAAACUGCUCAAACUGUACUUGAGCAAUUAUAUAUGGGAAAACUAUGGUCUGCUGGUGUCUGGUAUCUCAAACCUUUUUU